AUGACAACAAAUACAAUAUCUCCAUCAUAUGAGGAUCCUACUGUGGUUGCUGUUGAUCCUUCAUCAACUUCUUCAAAACGUCAGCAACGUAUUGACAAAGCUAUGGUCUACUUUUCUUCGUUUAUGUUUCUCGUUCAAAUUAUACUUGCUGCUGUCUUCUCUGGUAUUGAACUUCAUUAUGGUGUUGAUUAUCGCUAUCAAUGUCCUAUAGAACCUAUGAUCCCUAUAUUUCUUAUUGUUCAUGGAGCCACAAAAUUUGUCUGGGUUGCAAUGAGUAUUCUUGCAUUUAUCAACGCUAGAAUUAUAUAUGGAAUGAUGAACAAGGCAUUCGCUCGUCACUUUGUGCUUCCUAGUUUAUUAUUUCAACUUGUCUUUGCUUUAUGGUUUUUUGCUUGGUUUAUUGCAGGAAAUGUAUGGGUUUUUUCCAAUAAGAGUCAUGUACAAUCUACAGAUGCGGCAAAUACAAGUACCUACUGUCAAAAUACAUUAUAUUCGGCAGCAUUUGGCUUAAUUAUUUCAACAUAUAUUGUUUUUGGUAUCGUCGCAGUAUUGACAAUUAAACGACGUAUAGUUGGUAAGAAGAUCAAAGAAAAAUUACCUUCCAAUCCUGAUGGUAAUCACAACAAAACAUAA